GCAGAGAAGUCUUCUUCUGACACAGAGGCGAGGAAAACAUGGAGAAGCUGAAAAGCAGCACUUAGUAAUAAGCCAGUAUGGAGGAUGGAACGGGCAGGAGGCCGAUGGGCGGCUCACAUCAAGGCUUCACUCUUGGCUUCCCUGAGUCUGCUGGUUGUAGAAGGUACACAAUGCGUUUCUAUAUUCAUCUCUGUGUUAUGACUUUGCCAUUCUGCUCGGUUGGGACACCAGUGUCCAGCUGUUCGCUCUCCACCAAAGCAAUGGCCAAUUACACUGAGGAAGGAGACAUCAUACUGGGAUUGCUCACCCCAACUAGUGCAUCAUUUACUCGGCCAGUGGUCACAUUCUCCAUACAACCACCUCCAUAUCCAUGUGAUGCGUUCAGCUCAGAUCUGUACAAGUCCAUCCUGGCUUUGAUUUUUGCUGUCAAAGAAGUGAAUGAAAAUCCAAAUCUUCUACCCAACAUCACACUGGGGUUCCAGAUGUUUGACUCUUGCUACUCUGAAUCAGGUUCCCUUCAGGCAAUUUUCCAGACUGUGUCAAGUAACGAUAACCAAAUCCCAAAUUACAAGUGUGGAUCCAAGCCUAUUGUACCUGCAGUCAUUGGAGACAUUUCAAGCCCAUCAGUGGCGACCGCAAGGGUGCUUGGCCUAUGGAGGUUUCCUCAGGUCAGCUAUGUAGCCGCUAUACCAUCCUUGAGCAACAAAAUUGAGUUCCCGUCAUUUAUAAGGACCACUGUAAGUACCAGGAGCCAGCCUCAAGCUUUGAUUGGACUGUGCAAGAAAUUUGGGUGGACGUGGAUUGGGGUUAUUGCGUCUUCAGCAGAUUAUUUUGUACAAGGAGUGGUAGAGUUCAGGAGAGAAGCCAUCCAGAAUGGAAUCUGCAUCGAAUUCUUCGAAACAGUCUCUUUUAGUCCCUUCAACAAUAAAAUCCCAAAGACUGUAGAAAAUGUUGGCCGAUCAAUGGCCAGAGUGGUCAUCCUCUACUGUAGUAAUGCAGAAGUUUUCUUGAUAUUUCGAGAGGUCCUUCAACAAAAUCUCAAUGGAAAAGUUUGGAUAGGUACAGAAGCUUGGUACAGCACGCCCCCUAUUGACAAGCAGUUUUUGACCAUACUUAAUGGCACCAUAGGAAUUGCAAGAAGUAGAGCGAUUCCUCCCAAUUUUUCCAACUUCCUACAGACUUUCAAUCCAAGUAAAUACGCAAAGUUGCCAUUUGUCAAAACUUUUUGGGAGGUGCUGUUUAACUGCAAAUGGCCAGAGGGUGAGGUGAAUAUACAUGCAAUAAAUGUGGGACAGGUCAAUAAGACCUGUACAGGACUGGAGAAGCUGGUGACCAAUGACAUGGCAGAAUUCAAUGACCCAACAUCACAAUUUGUCUCCAUGGCCCAUAAUGCCGUUUAUGCCGUUGCUCAUGCUCUUCACAACCUAUUGCACUGCAGGCCUGGAGAAGGACCCUUUCAUGAAAAAUCUUGUGCCAAUGAACAUAACAUACAACCAUGGCAGCUACUUCAUUACUUAAAAAGGGUUCACUUUGUGAAUACUGCUGGAGAAGACGUGUCAUUUGACGCCAACGGAGACAUUUACGGCAGCUUUGACAUUUUGAAUUGGCAUUUCAAGGAAAACAGGAGUCAAUUUAAGAAAGUUGGGACCUUCAGUGAUCACGUAGAUCAAAAGCUUUUGAUCAAUGGCAGCGCCAUCUUCUGGUCCGGAGGACAGCUGCCGCUAUCAGUCUGCAGUGACGUUUGUCCUCCAGGACACUGGAAAAAGCCCCGGAAAGGUCAACCCGUCUGCUGUUAUGACUGUGUCCUGUGCCCAGAGUCAAUGAUUUCCAGUGAAACAAAUUCAGUUCGUUGUUUCAGUUGUCUAGAAGAUUUUUGGCCAGACAAUAAAAGGACUAAAUGUACUCCUAAAGUUGUUGAGUUCCUCUCCUACGAAGAACCUUUGGGUCUAGUUAUGACAUUGUUAGCCAUAAUGUUCUACGUCACCACCAUGAUGGUGCUUAUCGUAUUCCUCAAGUUUCGGCAUACCACAGUGGUUAAAGCCAACAACCGUAACCUCAGCUAUGUUCUCCUGCUGUCCUUGAUGUUCUGCUUUCUCUGCCCUUUGGUAUUCAUUGGUCGCCCCGUCACACCGACCUGCUCAAUUAGGCAAUCUCUCUUUGGGAUUAUAUUCUCUAUAUGUAUCUCAUGUAUCUUAGCCAAAACCAUCAUAGUAGUCAUUGCUUUUAAAGCCACCAAACCUGGUAGUAACCUUAGAAUGUGGAUUGGGUCCAAGAUGGCCAUCUUAGUUGUGUCUAUGUCCACCAUUGUCCAAGUGCUUAUAAUCCUGGUGUGGCAGAUAGGGUUCCCUCCAUUUCUAGAACGUAAUUAUGAAGUCCUUAAUGGUGUCAUCCUAUUGGAAUGUAAUGAGGGAUCGGUUGCCAUGUUCUACUGCACCAUAGGAUACUUGGCCUUCUUGGCUAUAAUCAGUUUUGUUGUUGCCUUUUUGGCCAGAAACUUACCGGACAGCUUCAAUGAGGCCAAGUACAUUACCUUCAGCAUGUUGACCUUCCUUAGUGUCUGGUCGACCUUCAUCCCCGCCUAUCUCAGUACUAAGGGCAAGUACAUUGUAGCUGUUGAGAUUUUUGCUAUACUAUUGUCUAGUUUUGGACUUCUGUGCUGCAUAUUUGCCCCAAAAUGUUACAUAAUCCUUUUGAGGCCAUCGAUGAACACCAAACAAUAUUUAACAUCAAAAAAAUAA